CCGAUUCUGAUCCAGUAGUACUCGGCCUUGGUACUUUUUGGCGUCUCUCUUGCGCCAUGAAGUCGACCCGCCCCAUACUCAAUGUCGCAAGAGCGAGCUCUAUAAAACCAAGCCCCUUCACCUGGGUGCAUCCGGGAGAAGGAAUCGAAGCUCGGGCUACUGAGGUCACCGAUCAAAGGCUGAAGGGAAAACGGAUCGCGAUCAAGGACAACUUCAUGCUUCGAGGUACCCGCACGACAUGUUCAUCCCGGAUGUUGCAAGAAUUCGAAUCUCCAUACACGGCGACCUCUGUAAAGAGCUUGUUAUCCUCAGCAGCAUCUAUCACUGGCAAAACGCAGAUGGACGAAUUCGGGAUGGGAAGUAUGACGAAUAACCUUCCACCCGGUUCGCCGCCCGUUCAUAAUCCCUGGAUACCCGGUUCAGCCGUUGAAGGGAGAGAUGAAGUACAGGCUCGGUCAGCAGGGGGUAGUUCGGGAGGCAGUGCAGCAGCUGUCAAGAGUGGUCAAGCUUGGGCCGCUCUCGGGACGGAUACUGGGGGUUCUGUACGUCUACCUGCAUCGUACUGCGGACUGGUUGGGCUGAAACCUAGUCACGGCAUGAUCAGCCGACAUGGCGUAGUCUCGUAUGCCGAUACGCUAGACUGUGUAGGUAUCUUGGCAUCGGAAGUCGAUGAUGCUAGACUGCUCUUCGACGUCAUGUCACAUCCAGAUCCUAUGGAUCCCAGUUGUGCGGCCGCGGAAGUACGGCAUCGGGCUGAAGGUGUCGAAUAUGAAGCGAGGCAAUCUAUGAAGGGCCUACGAGAUGGACGGCUCGAUGGUGUUCGGAUAGGCAUCCCGAUAGAAACAUGUCUAGAGAAGGACUUGACGCCUCUCGACCUCGCCCCGUUCAUCCGACAUCUCCGUUCAUUGGGAGCAACAAUAGUACCGAUCAGCAUUCCUAGCAUACGCCUGGCCCUGCCCGCUUACUACGUCUUAGCGUGUGCGGAGGCAAGUAGCAAUCUCGCUCGAUUUGGCGGCGGUUGGUAUGGUGGUCAGAAGAGCGAUCUGGAAGAGCCGGAAGGGUCAGUGGAUCGAAGACAGUGGACAAGAAGAUGGGGAUUCGGACCAGAGGUCAAGAAGCGGAUAUUGGCCGGUACAUAUGCUUUGACAGCAGGGGCAUUUAACAACUCGUAUCUGAAAGCGCUACAACUGAGACAACGUCUAAGAUCGGACUUGGACGCGAUCUUCCGGUCCAGUCAACCUCAAGAUCUGGACGACGUUACGGACGCCCCUUCACGAGGGGUAGACGUCUAUAUGCAUCUGACCGCCAUUCAGACGGCUCCGAUCCUCGACUCGACGAGCUCGACCAGCCAGGACGCGCGAGGAUACGCUCAAGACUUGUUGACGGUCCCGGCAUCUCUCGGAGGUUUGCCUUGUAUUUCGUUGCCUAUAGGAUUAGGUGCGGAUGGCUGGCCAGUAGGUGCAAGUCUGACGGGUCAGUGGGGUAGCGAAUCGGUGUUGAUGGAUAUCGCCAAGAUUGGGAUGGCGAGCUAUAUUUCACCAUCAGUCGAAUAGUUGUACGAUGGGCGGACAUGCUGCAUUUCACGAUCUCCGCUAUUUUCGCAUAUCGCCGUUUGUUGACAUUCGAUGUUGAGCUGUGUUGACACUACGAAACACUCCUGUACCCUGUACUCCUGCAAGCAAGUGCUACGAAGCUACAG